CUCUAUUGGUGGACGUGUCGCCGGCCUGAUUCAGCAAAACGCUGAAGUAGAGUGCUUCGUGGAUAAGAUCCAAGGGACCAUGACCAAAGCUGAGCAAAACUGUGCCGACAUUCAGGAGCAGGUGGAGGCCUUCGCCCAGACUCUGACUACCGCCAUCGUGAAGAGGAAAGGCAUCCUGCAAUUAAAGGUUGCCGUAGAGAAGGACCAGAAGCUGAGGACCCUGGGUCAGCAGCUUGACCAAUGGGCAGACACCGGGACGGGCAUCACAGCUGCUAUUGCAGAGGCGGAGACACUUCUGAAUGAAGAGGAUCCUAUCGCCUUUCUACAGGCAUCUAAGGCGGUAGAGGAGAGGAUUGCUGCCUUUAAGUUCCUGGAGGAACGCAAGUUGAACACCACAGACCAGUUCGUCCACAACACUCUUGGGGUCUCCGACCUGGAACAAAGGGUGUCAGCACUGGAUUUUCUGCAAGCUCCACAAGCGCCAAGGAUCCUGACCGACCGGUGCACAGCUGGCCGUGAUUAUAUCAACAUUAACUGGACUGCGGGAGGGAACACGCCUGUCGACAAGUACAACGUUUGGCAUGGAAAAGCAGGCGAGCGCCGUGGCAGGCAGCAGACAGUUCCCUCCACGAGCAAGUCCAUCAAACUGGAAAAUUUGGAGGAGAACACUACUUACGAGGUUGUUGUUGCCGCCAUCAACGAAACGGGACAAGCAGCAUCCCAAACAGUGGACAUCAAAACAAGACGUGGUGGUCAGCUGAAGUUCAAACUUGACAAAAACACAGCAGAACCACCAAUGGUCGUGGCCGAUGAUGGUAUGUCUGUUACGUGCUUUCAAAAUGUUAGUGAAGCACAGCUCCGUGGUCAAGCGUAUGGCUCCAACCAAGGCUUCAACCAACCAUAUCAAGAUCGCCUCCAACGAGUCCGGAGUCACCCACAAACACUCGGAUUCUACAGUCCACCACCGGUACCCCCAUGCGUGUUGGGUGAUGCUGCCAUUGAGAAUGGACGGCGCUAUUGGGAGGUAGAUGUGAGGGGAAGCUCUGAUUUUGGGUUGGGUGUGGCCUGCGUGACGACGUAUUAUCAGAGCCUCGGGGGUAGAAUAAAACAACGUGUUUCUGUUUCAACGAUGUAUGCUUCUUUUUGUGGGGUAGGGCCCAACGGUGUGAAAACGUACGAAAUUUCUUGUGCUGGAAUGAACGAGGUUUCUCCUGGGCAUAACAGCGCUGAGCUGACAGGUGCUGCUGAGCCUAAGUUACUUCGCGAAUUGACAAAAGUGGGUGUCCUUCUUGACUACAAUGCCGGCUCUAUCUCGUAUUAUGACCAAAACCACCGCCUCAUCACGACACAGGCUCAGCAGAUUUCCCAGCCGGUAUAUCCUAGUCUUGUUGUGAAGGAUCAGGGAGGCACACUCAGUCUGGUACAGGACUGUGUCUGGCCCGAUGGUUUGGAGUGAUCGACAGAAGAAUAUCUUAUAAUUUGUCAACAACAGUGUGUCAUAUUCCAUAAUUGAGGUAAAAUUGAACAUAGUCUUGAAACGUAGCAGUUUAUUGUAUCUGCCAUAUUUUGGGUGAUUGAUAGUGAUAUCGUGUUAUUGGUUUAUCGUUUUGUAGCCUUGUACCGUUUGCUUAAGUUUGUCAACUUCUUGUACUUCUAUGAAUUUUUUGUUCCUUCAUUUGCAGAAUAUCUGGAAUUGUUUGUUGUAUCUAUUUGUCUUGAAUGGUUGAAGAUAUGCACUUUUGUUAACGUAAUUUACGUAAUUGAGUAAACCAGAUUACCUUUUCAGUUUUAAUCAUUAUGACUACACACCUAAAAUGCACGCCAGGUUUAGUGCUUAGUGCUUUCGUAUCAUCGAUUUCAUAUAAUAACAGUUUGAAAGUUCAUCUGUGUUGGUAGAAGUCAUUUUGAAGAAAGACCAUAAAAUAACUUCUAACACAAUGGGAGUAUGGGACGCCAUGUAAAUGGUGAUGCUGUUCAGUCAAAAAUUAUCUUCAAAUGUAAUUGUAUGUGUUGGACAUUACUACAGUUUAAUUCAAAAUGAUACAGCAGUGUUUAGCCUAGUCGCGGUUUUUGUCGGACACAACAACAUUGUAUAAUUCCGCCCUUGUGUUAGAUUUAUGUAUUACUAA